AUGAUCCCAAACGACCAUUCAACUUACCUACUUUGUUCCCCUCAAAAGGCCAUCACUAGUGAUCUUUCAGGAACAACUUUGACCGCGUUUUGGGCCAAUAUCUCCUUUACGGUAGCAGUCGUCGUCAUUCAACCUAUCUAUACCAGCUUUUCGGAUAUAUUCGGCCGUAAGAUCCCCCUUUACGCGGCCUUUGCGCUCUUUGCCAUUGGAUCUAUCGUCUUCUCCGUCGCACACAGCAUGGCAGUCUUGAUUGUAGGACGUGUGCUACAAGGACUGGGCGGAGGCGGACUCGACGUGCUAAGUGAAGUCAUUGUCGCCGAUAUCACCACUCUGCAAGAACGGGCCGUAUAUAUCGGCUUACUAUCCCUACCGAUGGCCUUAGGAUGCAUCGCGGGUCCCAUUCUAGGUGCUGUUUUUAGUGAGUAUGUUACAUGGCGAUGGAUAGGCUGGAUCAAUCUACCUGUGAUUGGCGUUGCCUUUUUUCUAGCUCUCUUCUUCCUACGUCUGAAGCCCAUUGACCAGUCCCUUGGCGCUCAGCUUGGCCGUAUAGACUGGCUUGGAAUGUUGGUCUUUGCGGUCGGUUGUAUUCUUUUUGCCUUACCUCUAAGUUGGGCAGGGAAUAUGUAUCCUUGGGGCUCGUGGCGGACUAUCGUCCCGCUAGUCAUUGGUGUUCUGGUCUUAGUGGGAUUUGGAUUUUACGAGCGUUAUCCGACUGAUGCUGUGUUUCCCUAUCGUAUCUUCCGCUCGCGAACGGCACAAAUGACCCUGCUUGGAAGCUUCAUCCAUGGCUUCGUGCUUUAUACUCUUCUGCAAUAUCUUCCACUGUUUUUCCAAGCGGUCUAUCUCGAAACACCGCUCCAGUCCUCCAUCUCGAUUCUACCAUUCUGUUGCGUGGUCUUCGUUUUUACUGGAAUAGCCGCCUUCGCCGUUGAUUUAUUCCGAAAAUACAGAUGGGAAAUUUGGGCUGGAUGGGUUUUUCUCGCCGUUGGAUGUGGCAUUUUCUCACUGUGGGACCAAUCCUCUUCUCUGGCUAUGACUGCUAGUUUCCAGGUAAUUGCAGGGAUAGGGAUCGGCACGAUAUUCAGCGUUCCUCCAAUCCCGAUGCAAGCUAGUGCUGCAGCUGAAGACCAGGGUCUUGCGAUGGGAAUCAUGGUUGGGUUUCGGCUAUUUGGGGCUCUUAUUGGUCUUGCUGUUGGUGCCACUACGUUCAGCAGUGUCUUCGCGAACAGGAUUGAAGGUAUUGCAUUACCGGCUUCUGUGGCAUUGUUGAAAUAUCCCAGUGAAGCUAUAGGCUUUAUUCCCUAUUUACGAACAGUCGACAUCUCCUCUGAUCUGCGGGACCUUCUUCGAAGGGCAUACAAGGAUGCCAUGCAGACAAUCUGGUAUGAACUGGCAGCCUUUGGAGCUUUGGGAUUUUUGAGCUCUCUAUUCGUGGAGGAAUUGACCAUGGAGACGGAAGAGCUGAGUCGUCAACAUUUUGAGCACGAGUCAGACUGA